AUGGGCGAUGAAAAGGAGAAAGCAAUCCAACAAGAGGUAAACAAAUUACUGGCGGCAGACUUUAUCCGGGAAAUUAAGUAUCCUACCUGGCUGGCGAAUUUGGUGAUGGUAAAGAAAGCGAAUGGGAAAUGGCGAAUGUGUGUGGACUACACAUACCUGAACAAGGCAUGUCCAAAAUAUUCUUACCCAUUACCAAGCAUAGACAAGUUAGUGGAUGAGGCGUCCGGAAAUGAGCUGCUGAGUCUGAUGGAUGCCUAUUCGGGAUAUCACCAAAUCAAGAUGCACCCGCCGGAUGAAGAUAAAACGACAUUUAUGACCACUAGGGUAAACUACUGUUAUCAGACCAUGCCCUUCGGACUGAAGAAUGCGGGGGCGACGUAUCAGCGAUUGAUGGAUAGGGUAUUUGAGGGCCAAGUAGGAAGGAACAUGGAGUUCUACGUUGAUGAUAUGAUCGUAAAGUCAGUUUUGGGAUCAAGCCAUCACGAGGAUUUAACAGAAGCUUUCGGCAGGCUCCGAAAACAUAACAUGAGGCUCAAUCCGGAGAAGUUUUCUUUUGGUAUACAGGGCGGGAAGUUCUUAGGCUUCAUGAUUACGUCGAGAGGAAUUGAGAUCAAUGCAGAUAAGUGUAAAGCGAUCCAGUAUCAGAAGAUAGAGAAGGCGGCGCUUGUCGUCCUCGUUACCGCCAGACGCUUAAGACCUUACUUUCAAAGCUUUCAGGUAAAAAUAAGGAUUGAUCUUCCUCUGAGACAGGUGUUCCAGAAGCCAGAUUUGUCAGGAAGACUCGUCGCGUGGUCGGUUGAGUUAUCGGAAUAUGGUUUGCAAUAUGAAAAAAGGGGGAAGGUCGGAGCGCAGACUUUAGCUGAUUUUGUGGUGGAGUUAACGCCCGAAGACGGUGAGAAGGUGAGCACGCAAUGUACGUUGUUUGUUGAUGGGUCGUCGAACGACAACGGAAGUGGAGCAGGGGUCACGCUACAUGGGUCUGGGGAGUUAGUAUUAGAGCAGUCCCUCAGAUUCCAGUUUAAAGCCAGCAAUAAUCAGGCAGAAUAUGAAGCUCUGAUCGCAGGUCUGAAGCUAGCAAUUGAGAUGCAAAUCGACAGUUUGUUGGUUAGAACGGACUCGCUGCUAGUGGCAAACCAAGUAAAUGGGGAAUUACAGGUGAAGGAACCGACCUUGAUAAAAUAUCUGGAGCGCGUACGACUACUGAUGGGUCGAUUGCAAGAGGUCGCAGUUGAGUUCAUGCCAAGGGCGCAGAAUCAAAGGGCGGACGCCUAG